AUGACCGAUUACAAGUUCGAAGGCUGGUGUGGCCUCGGCCCUGAGGCUAGCAAGGGCAAGAUGGUCUGGCAGGAGUUCGAGCCUAAGCCCUGGGAGGAGACAGAUGUGGACAUCAAGGUCACACACUGUGGGAUUUGCGGUUCGGACCUGCACACUCUUCGCAGCGGAUGGGGGCCGACCAAAUAUCCCUGCUGUGUGGGACACGAGGUUGUUGGCACAGCCGUGCGUGUAGGUACGCAGGUUAAAAACGGCAUCAAAGUCGGGGACCGUGUAGGUGUGGGAGCUCAAAGCGGAGCUUGUAGGAAUAAGGACGGCGACUGUGAAGCCUGCGCGGCUUCACUCGAGCAGUUCUGUAAUAAGAUGGUCGGCACAUACAAUGGAGUGUACGCAAAUGGAGGAAAGUCUUACGGGGGUUAUGCCACUUACAACCGCUCACCCUCCCACUUCGUUAUCAAGAUCCCUGGCGCUAUUUCCUCAGCGGAAGCUGCCCCCAUGUUGUGUGGUGGUAUCACGACGUAUUCUCCCUUGAAGCAGAACGGCUGUGGGCCCGGGAAGACUGUUGGUGUUGUCGGUAUUGGUGGCCUAGGUCACUUUGCCAUUCUAUUCGCCAAGGCCCUUGGUGCUGACCGCGUUGUUGCUAUCUCCCGCAAGUCGGACAAGAAGGCGGACGCCCUCAAGCUUGGGGCUGAUGACUUUAUCGCUACUAGUGAGGAAGAAGAUUGGGUCACCCGUCACGGACAGUCUCUCGACCUGAUCAUCUCGACUGCUUCUUCUUCUAAAAUGCCCAUUACCGGAUACUGCAGCCUGCUGCGUUUCCGUGGUACCUUCAUUCAGCUUGGCGCCCCAGAGGAUGGUGGUCUUGAGAUCCCCUUCUUUGCUUUGAUCGGCAAGGGUAUCAAGCUUGGUGGUUCGCUCAUUGGUAGCCCUGAUGAGAUCCGUGAGAUGCUGGAACUUGCUGCUGCUAAGGGUGUCAAGCCCUGGAUCCAGGAACGCCCUAUGAAGGAUGCCAACCAGGCCAUUGUGGACAUGGACAACGGUGAUGCUCGGUACCGUUAUGUUUUGGUCAACAACCUGUGA